AGCGGUCUCAAAAUCAAUAUUAAGCAGAAACGUCUGCAUCUUCGCUGGCAGCGGUUUCUGCAUCUUUCUUGGCACCUAGUCUAAAACUUCUCGGAGAAAUUCUUGCCGAAAAUACAUGUAUUCUUGACAAAGUUGUCCUUUUGAUCAGUUUAAUGAAUAUGAUGAGCAUGUCCAAGUUAUCCUUACUUUCAGUUUUGCUAAUUGCCCAUUGCAGUACAGCCGCCAGUGAUCUUCCUAAAGACGUAUUUAUCUUAGCAGGACAGAGCAACAUGGCCGGUCGAGGAGGCGUAAGUUCCGGCAAAUGGAGCGGUGACGUCCCACCCGAGUGCAAGCCCGAUCCGUCCAUCCUCCGACUGAAUGCCAAACUCUCUUGGGAAGUUGCCCAUGAACCACUGCAUUCAGACAUCGAUGUGGGGAAGACUUGUGGCGUUGGACCAGGGAUGGCAUUUGCCAAUGAAGUAAGACUGCGAGCCAAUGAGUCGAAAAUUGGUGUGGUGGGCUUGGUCCCUUGUGCAGUUGGUGGCACCAAAAUUAGCGACUGGGAAAAAGGGACAAGAUUGUACAGUGAAUUGUUGAGACGAGCCCAUGUUUCUGUGAGUGGAGGGGGAGUCAUUCGGGCGAUUUUGUGGUAUCAGGGUGAAAGUGACACCGUGAAGAAAGAAGACGCUCAAGCCUAUCAAGGCAAAAUGAAGAAGUUUAUAAUGGAUUUGCGCUCUGAUCUUAAUAACCCAUCUCUUCUCUUUGUCCAGGUAGCGAUUGCAUCAGGAGAAGGCAGAUUUGUGGAUUCAGUGAGAAAAGCUCAGCUGGGAAUUAAUUUACCUUUUGUUAAAUGUGUAGACGCCAAGGGAUUGCGCCUGAAAGACGAUCACCUUCACCUUACUACAAUGUCUGAGGUUCACUUGGGGAUCAAAUUGGCUCAUGCCUUUCUCACUACUCUCAAGUGACCCAACUGUGUGUCUGUGUGUUUGCUGAAUUAGUAAAGUUCACUAAUCGCAUUAGAGUGAAUAAAAGACAGAUUUUCGAUA